AUGGCAGCAAAAAUGACGACUAAUUCAGAUUCUUUGUUUAUAUCGAAUAUAGACAAUUGUGUAUUAGAUUAUACAGAAAUAGAUCAAGGUCUUAAUUUAUGGUCAGAAAUACUUCCAUUAAUUGAAAAACAAAUUGUUACACUGACAACUGUUGCUCAAGAAAUGCAAGAAUGUCCAGAACGUCAAAAAUAUGUUGAUGCACUUAUGAAAAUUGCUGUACGAGUUAAUGAUGUUGAAGAAAAAGCUACUACAUGUAUUAAAGAAGCUCGAACACAAUUGAAAAAGACUAAACUUAUUGAUAAAACUAAUGAUAUUCAAGAAAACGAAAAAGUGCGUCAUCGAAAAGUUCGUAAUAAUCGAGACGAUGAAAAUUCUGAUGAAGAUGAUGAAAGUGAUAAUGAAAUGGAAAUAGAUGAAUCACAAAUAAAUGAACAAAUUGAAGUUUCAGCAUUAAAUAGCGAAAAUUUAGAAAAAUUACAAAAUCACUUACAAAAAAUUCUUCUUAAACAACCUAAUUCAAAUGAAUCUAAUAUUGAUGCUGACAAUCGUUAUGCUGACUUUCUUGAAUGUAUUUCCAAAAUGCAAGGUAAUGAUGAAGAUGAUGAUAAUGAUAAUGAUACAAAUAUUAUUGAUCAAGUUGCUUCCAAUAAAUGUCCAUUAACACAAAAACCAUUUGUUCAACCCGUACAAAAUAAAAAAUGUAAACAUAAAUAUGAAAAAAUGACUGUACUUAAAUAUAUUGCUGAUAAAAAUAAAGCAAAACGUCCAGCUAAAUGUCCAUCAUCUGGUUGUAAUAAUAUUCUGAAUGAAAAAGAUCUUAUUAAUGUUUAG